ACAACACAGAAAGUGAGAAAAGUGAAGAAAUUUCAUAGAAUAUGACAAGAAAAGAAAACCAGCUUUCAUCCAAAUACUCACCGGCCCUAUUUUUCUUCUCCACUCGCCUGAAAAAGGGCCAAAACAACGCUUAAUAGAACAGCCCACCAAAAGAAAGGGACCCCUAGCGGCUGCUGCGGCCACGCCACGCCAAAUUCUCUCUCUGUUUAGAUCCCAUAAUCACUUACACCAAAAAGGGUUCAUGGAAUCGCCAUAAACGCUUCUGGGUCUUCCUUAUCUUCCUCUCUAAUGGCGUCUCUUUGAUCUUUUUUGACUAAAUAGAAUACAACAGCUUUAGGGCUUGAAUUUUGGAUUCUUGUAAUCGGAGGAGCGAUCGGGUAUGUCCGAAUCCGCGAGCCCGAUAACCCAACGGGUUCAGUCUUCUUCUACAAUCGAUACCAGAGGGAAGCACAGGAUACAGGCCGAACUGAAGCGGCUCGAGCAAGAAGCAAGGUUUCUCGAGGAAGAACUGGAACAGCUAGAAAAGCUGGACAAGGCAUCAACAGCAUGCAAAGAAAUGCUGAGCAAUGUGGAAACAAGACCAGACCCACUUCUCCCACAAACCCACGGCCCUCUGACCCCACAAUGGGAUCGAUGGUUCGAGGGGCCACAAGAUUCAAAAGGUUGCAGAUGCUGGUUAUUGUGAUGGUGUUUGGGGUUUCUCUUUAAGAUUCUUACAGAUUGGGAGAUUGUGAUGUGAUGGAUAGAUCAUGGCCUUUUGGCUACUUUGAAGAUUUUAACUCCCAUUCUCAUUUGUUGUUUGCAGAGGUUUUCUUCAACUUAGGAACAUUUGUGAAUAGUUUUUCUUUAAAUCAAAUGUUGUAUUCAUUUGAAAAAAACUUUCCAUAAAGGUCUUUCAUUUCACUUUGCACAUUCUUUUUUGGAUUAUCGUUGAUAUAUAGAAAACAUUUAAGCAUA